GUCCCGCCGGCCGCCUCCAACGGCCCGCGCAGACACUUGCAGAGUCACCCUGGGUCCGGAACAGGGCAGCGAGGUCUUAACCAGCUCUUAGGCGACAUCCCAGCUGUCGCUCUUCCACCUGCUCCGCAGUGAAGGGAAGAUGAGCGAGUCGAGCGCGAAGUCCAGCCAGCCCUUGGCCUCCAAGCAGGAGAAGGACGGCACUGAGAAACGGGGCCGGGGCAGGCCGCGUAAGCAGCCUCCGGUGAGUCCCGGGACGGCGCUGGUAGGGAGCCAGAAGGAGCCCAGCGAAGUGCCAACACCGAAGAGACCUCGGGGCCGACCGAAGGGAAGCAAAAACAAGGGUGCAGCGAAGACCAGGAAAACCACCACAGCUCCAGGGAGGAAACCGAGGGGCAGACCCAAAAAACUGGAGAAGGAGGAGGAGGAGGGCAUGUCGCCGGAGUCCUCAGAGGAGGAGCAGUGACCGCCAUCUGCACCACCUGCUCCCCCACUCAGGAGCAGCCUCCUUCUGGGACUGGACAGCUUCGCUCCGCCCCCACCCGCCCCAGGUCUCCCCACCUGCCCCUCACACUACACAGCA